UGCCAUGGCACCUGCAGUGAAAUCUAGGGAAACACUCUUGGUAUAGUAGAACGUGAAAGCCAUAGUUUGGGCGGCUCGCACCUUCUAUACCUCUUUGGCACUUGGUGUCGGCGAGAGCUGCGCUCCCUCUCAGGCAUCCCUGAACCGGCAGUCUUGACAGAAAAUACUAGUAAGUUGCGAUUAAGGAAUGCACCGGCACCUCACGACGCAGUAUGACCUCGUUUUGGCAGCCCUCCGACACAAACUGCAUCAGUUUAUAGGGAUCUCUUGGUUUGAAACAGCAGUGCCGCGUAGAAAGCACGGCGCAGUCCAAGCAGUUCCCCGACAAAAAGGUACCUUAUGGAGCUUUGACCUUUCGGAAUCCGGUUGCCGCCUUUCCGCUUGGUCAUGCACCGCGAUAUUGAGGAGCAAGGUCAGCUUGCAGCAGAACUCAAUUACAAACUUGCCUGUUAUCGAAAUUGAGCUGGAAGCCCAGUCGUGUUUAUCUUGCUUCUGCUUUUCCGAUCAAUGUUUUUCGCAUGCACAUUCGGGCCUUCCGGUUAGCGGUCUCCGCGGAUACAUCGGAAGUACACGACUGCCCUUGGUUGGCAGUUGCCAACCCCGAAUGUUGGUGUCCGAUGUCUCCCAGGAUGGUGCAACCUUACCUCCCGGGUCCCUACCCAUAUGGCCCCCCACUGCUUCGUUCGAAACUCCCACGGAGCGUUCAUUACCCCGCCAACCAGGAGACGGGCAACUGCUUUCCCAAAUUCCCGCAUUGUAUGUACUAAUAGUCUUUGGACCCAAGGCUAAUGAGUUCAGGCUCUUCUAUCUAGGCCAAUGGGAGAGUCUACGUGCCUUCCAAAUUGUUGGGGAAUGAUUCUCUCUCUCUGAUUGCUGUCCGCUACCGGCUGCGCUGCUAUGGAAAUGUUGAGCCAAGCACAUUGGAAUGUCCGGAGUCACAGGAGGGGCCCUCAUCAGUCGCGCAGAUGUUGCGCCCCCACACUGGAUGGCCUACCCACUGGAGAACUUGAAGCACCCGCGCGGCGGACUAAAAUGACAGUGCUGGCCUCUACGUACAGUUCAGAGCCAUGCAAAGCAGCAGCGAUUGAACCAUCAAUCCUACAUAGUGUCUGAAGGCCUGAACGUCAGGCAGAAUAAAUCCCCUAUGGCUUUCGCAGAGCUCGGGAUACAGUCGAUGCGCGUCGGCGUUAACUUUCAGGCACCUACUCCG